AUGGCUGAACAAGAUUCGUUCCUCCAUCUCACGCGCCCUCUCGGCCCGGUCGCAGUAGGCGCACAACCCACCACAGCCCCCCUCCGCGUCGUGAUACAGCCACAAGCUCUCUUCUCGAUCCUAGACCACUGCGUCCGCCGGCCGCCCGAUCAGCAAAGAGUCAUUGGCACCUUACUGGGAACCCGCUCCGACGCAGACGAGUCCCAGGUCGUCGUGCACUCCUCCUUCGCGGUCAGCCACACCGAGACAACGGACCAGGUAGAGGUGGACAUGGAAUACCAGAAAGCCAUGCUGGCCCUGCAUCUUCGCGCGAACCCCAAGGAGGUCCUGGUGGGGUGGUACGCCACCAGCUCAGAGUUGAACACCUUUUCGGCCUUGAUCCAGAACCACUACAGCAGCCAGGGCGAAGGCACGUUUCCAUACCCCGCCGUUCAUGUCACGGUAUCGUGCCAGCCAGGCCAAGACAUCGAAGUGCGAACAUACAUUUCCUCCCCGGUGGGGGUGAGUCCCGAGAGAGCGGCCGAUUCAGCAGCCUUCAUCCCGAUCCCCUACACUGUCAACUACGGCGAAGCCGACCGCGCGGGCCUCGAGGCGAUUGAAUACGCAAAGGGCUCGGAGACCAGGACGACAACAAUCCUCACCGAGAUCGAGAGCCUCGAAAAGUCCCUAGAGGACACAUUGGGCAUGCUAGACCGAGUGGGCAAGUACGUCGAGAACGUGAUUGAAGAGGAGACCGAGCCGUCCACCGCGCUGGGCCAGUUCCUGCUCAACACGCUGGCCCUGGCGCCGAAAGUCGAUGCCGCCGAGAUCGAAAAGGACUUCAACAACCACAUCCAAGACGUCUUGACCGUGUCCUACCUCGCCAACAUGAUCCGUACGCAGAUGGACUUGUCAAACAGGUUAGCGACGUCAGCGUUGACCAUGGGCGGCGGUGAGGGCGGCACAACCGAGAAGGAAGGGCGAGGUGAUCGUAGACAGAACAGACAAGGCGGACAGACAAGGCAGAACAGGACGGAGAGUUUCUCGGUGUCUAAUGUUUGA